AAAGGGCUCCUGCCGAGCAGCUGCGCACAUUUCCAUGGCAGGGAAGUGUGAGGAGCGCAGACACGCAGCAGCAGCAGCAGCAUCAGGACCAGCAGCAUCAGCAUCAGCAGCAUCAGGACCACCAGCAGCAUCAUUGCUGUGCACUGAGUGUAUGAGGGGAGUCCACAGGUGGUGAAUGAGCCAUGUCGACGCUGCUGGAGCUGAAGAGCAGUGUGCUGAGGCAGGUGCAGAGGAGCCAGUCUCUGAGGAGCAGGAGGGAGCCGCCCCCUGCCACUGCUGCCGCCGCCGCCGCCGGCCCCUCGACACCCACCAGGACCCCUGAUAGAGUCAGCCUGGGGGUUGCCAAGGGGAACGGGGAGUUCUUUGAGCGAAUGAGCAAAAUCGUCCAGAAGCAGGAGAGCCUGUUAGCUGCCACUCAAGCUGAGGAUGAGAUUAUCGCGGGUCCACCGCCUCCGGAGUGCACAGACCAGGCCUUCGCCCCGGAGAAAGCCACCAGGAAUGAGCUCGACUUGCUGUACGAAGAGGCGGUUUACACUGUGGUCAACCGGGUCGGGGUGCCAUCGCCCGAAUAUGUGACCAACGAAGGGGACUUGUUCAACUACCUGCAGAAGGUGUUUGAUAUGGGUCAAGAGGAGCACGACAUCAUUCUACAGAGAGUGAGGGAGUCCAAGAGAGCCAGCUUCGCUCUGAGGGUUUCUGUCAUGAAAGGGAAGAAUCUCAUGGCCAAAGAUUCCAACGGUUACAGCGACCCAUAUUGCAUGCUGGGAAUUCUCCUGGGACAGAGCCCUCGGGAGACGGAGGAGAAGAAGGAGAGGAAGUUCAGCUUCAGGAAGAGGAAGGAGAAGUUGGAGAAGCGCUCCAGUGUUAAGGAGGUUCUGGCGGCGAGGGACAUCCAGGUGACGGACGUGAAACCGGAGACGCUGAACCCCGUGUGGAACGAGCACUUCUUAUUUGAUAUCGAUGACGUCCAGAAUGACCUUCUACAUUUGGACAUAUGGGAUCAUGAUGACGACGUGUCUGUGGCGGAGGCGUGUAAGAAGCUGAAUGAGAUCAGUGGGCUCAGGGGGAUGGGCAGGUACUUCAAGCAAAUCGCCAAGUCUGUGAGAGCCAAUGGGGCGGCAGCAUCGGGCAGCGAGGAGAACGCAGACGACUUUCUGGGCUGCCUGAAUAUUCCAUUACAUGAGAUUCCAGUGGUGGGUUAUGAUAAGUGGUUUAAACUGGAGCCACGGUCCAGUGCGUCUAAAGUGCAGGGAGAAUGUCACCUGAUCCUGCGGCUCUUCACCACCCAGAGAGACACCGCUCUGACCAAAAUGGUGUCCAAUGUGGUCAUCCACCAGAAGAUGCUGAGUCAGAUAUUGGAGUAUGAGCAUCAUCAUGUUCAGAAAGACCCUCAUAACUGGAAUGGACAAGUGUGUCCAGCUGCAUGGACUGUGCUUUCCCAUCAUGCUGUGCAGGCUGACCUGUCCCCGCUGCAACAGGCCAUUAUACGCUGGCACUGCUAUAGCAGCCACCACCGCUCCCAGAGGAUGUGCUACUCUCUGCUGCUGAGGCUGCUGAGGGCCGUGGAGGCCGAGUGGGAGGCUGGAGAUGUGCAGAAGGAGCUGGAGAGCCUCCUGGCACAGAGCUUUAAACUCUACUGUGACUACUGCCUGUCUCUGAUGAAGAGCAUGAGGCAGGUCUUCCCCUGCGUCAGCCCCAACGCCGUCACACGAUGUGAACUGAUGCUGAGGACGAUCGGGCAGAUGCAGUCAAUGCAGGCGUUUAAGGCUGUCUGCCCCAACCGCAAUGAACUGCACCUGGAAAUAGCCACUGUUAUAAAGAAAGGCACGGUGGAGUGGUACGAGGCCACAAUUUCACACUUCAAACCAGACGAAGGGACUCUGGAGGAGCAGUUGAAGAGGCUGGUGAUGGUGGUGGAUGCAGUGUGUGUAGAUGUGCACAGAGGCCAGAACGUCUACAACAAGCUCUUCCACAGCUCAGUGAAGGUGGACUUCUUCAGUAUCUCCUACCGGCAGUUGGAGAAGCUGGUGGCGGAUGACGUGAGCGUUGCUAUGGAGCGGGUUUGCGGGACCUUGGAGCAGGAGAGCUUUCGCCUGUCCCAGACCAUGGGGGAGACCCUGUUCGAGCUGUUCAUGUCCCUGAAGACCCUGAAGCGCUUCAGAGAGUUCCUGCCUCUCAAAGACACGAAGAUGCUGGCGCUGACUGGAUUCCACAACUGGUUCAAAACCUCCAUCCACAAGUGGCUGCAGAUCGUGCACGAGAAAUCGGUCGACAGGAUCUGCAAAGCUGUGGAGAGGGAUCAGUUGGAGGCGAUUCCGCAGGCUAAACACAGCUUCUCAGCAGUGGACGUCGUCGCAUGCUUCGGCCAGGUGCGAGAGUUCUGGACUCAGCUGGCCUGGCCGGACUCAGCGGGAGCCUUCAUCUUCAUUACCCGCCUGACCGAUAAUUUCUGCAGCGAGGCCGUGUCCUACUCCGAGCUUCUGAAGCGCAAGAUCGAGAGGAUCCAGAUGAGCCAAGACCACCGGAGCUUCACAGUGCAGCUGUGCGUGGCGCUGAACGACACCGAGCACGUGCGGGUGUACCUGGCCGGGUUGCCACGGGAACUGGAUUGGCGGGGCGUGGAGCAGGCCAUGGAGGAGUCGUGUGGAGCUGAAGGGAAGGAGCAGGUGAACAAAGCCCUGAACGGUCAGCUGUAUAACGCUGACCUGGACCUGCAGAGGGAGGCCAAGCGCAUCAUCACACACCUCACUGACAAAAUGCUUCCUGAGCUCAGGAGAUACAUUCAGCACAUUAGCCUUUCUCCAGACACUAUCAACAAUGACGAUGCCGUGUCUCCGCUGAUGAAAUACCUGGAUUCCACCUUAGUCAUCCUCAGUGAGUCACUGGUGAAGGAGAACCUGGCAAGGGUCCUGCAGAGUCUGUGGGAGCUGGUCCUGAGGAUGAUCCUGGACUCAGUAGCAGAGAACAGGGGGGUUCAGGUGGAGUUCUACACACGGUUCCAGCACACCAUAGAGACUCUGGUGCGGUUCUUCCACGCUGAUGGUGAAGGGCUGCUCCUGGAGGAUCUGAAGAGUGGAGACUACAAGUCCCUGGAGGAGGAGCUGAAGCUGAACAAGUGCUCGUCGUUCGAGCUGAUCGAGCAGUACUUCCUGGAGAAGAUCUCUCAGCAGAGAAUCCUGAAGCACAGUCGCUUUGGCCGCAUUAGUGUGAAAUGUUACUACGACGCCCCCGAGCAGAGACUCACUGUGGAAAUACUGCACGCCGCUGACCUCAUCGCCCUCGAUGCUAACGGGUUGAGUGAUCCCUUCGUCAUAGUGGAGCUCUGUCCUCAUCACCUCUUCCCCAACGCCCGGAGUCAGCGCACUCAAGUCAAGCUGAAAACCCUGCACCCCGUGUUUGAUGAGCUCUUCUACUUUCAUGUGAGUCCUGAGCAGUACAGACACAGGUUUGCCUGCCUCACCUUCACUGUGAUGGAUUAUGAUUGGCUGUCCACCAAUGAUUUCGCCGGGGAGGCGGUGGCUCCUCUGAGUGACUUCUGCUGGCCGGGCCGACCCAACGCCACCCCGGCCGGGAAGAAUGUGCAGCCUUUCAUCUUACACCUGUCCCGCCAGAAACCCAGCGAGAAACCCAUCAUGAAGAUGCUGGAGGCGAGGACAGGAGACCGCGAGGCUCAGGAGUUCGUGCGGAGGCUGAAGGAGAUCGAGAAGUCGAUGGAGGAGGAGUGAUUUUGGCGCCGGUGGUACUCACUAUUUCCAGUGUGCUUUUCUACCUGUUGUACUAUGUUUGCUAUUUAAAGACGAAACUCUUUUGAAUGUGUGAUUUUAACUGUCGUCCAGAGAAAAACUACUAAGUGAAUUAUAUGAAGACUCUGUUUAAAGAUCAGUAUUUUGUCGCCGUUCAGCACUUUCCGUGCUGCGUUUUAAUGUUUCGGCUCACCAAAGGAGCUUGUGGGCAUGAUAUGAAUUUAACGAUAGUAUAUUUUGAAGUAUGUUUAGUUGGUUCUUCGUCCGAUUAGAUUUGAAACGUUAUAUUGAGGUGCAGUUUCCUGUGACUUGAAGUCUAGGGAUAUGUUCGUAUGGAAGGUGGAACGGUGUCCCAAAUCUGAUUUAUUUAUUUAUUUAUUUUUUACCAAAUCCAAGGUUUCUAAUACUGCUUUCCUGGCACUUUCUGAAACGGAGAGCAGCGCUUCACGUGAAGUUUCGGUUUCAUUUUUGCCAGCAUCAUAGUGAAUAUCAUCGGCUUCCUUUUAAUACUACAGUGCCAAACUGUUCUUAUCACUUUUCCACAUGGAAACAAUUUGGCUCCAUUGUGGAGCCAGAGAACCAUUCAGUUCAGUUCAAGGACUAAAUGAUGUAGAAAUGCACUGAUUGGCUAGCUGGGCUCUGUGUCCACUGGCACUUAAAUGAGAACUCUGGAGUAUAAUUGGCUUUUGGUGCAGUAAAGCAUGAUAAAUAGAGUACUAACCUUUGUUGAAUAUCCCAACUCCGCUCUCCCACAGCUUUCUGAGAUCCAGUAAUUGUGCUUUUUGCCCAGCACUCUGUAUAACGGCUGUACCAGGGCAUAUUUUGCCCCGAUAAAUCGCUUUUUGCACCGUUAUCCAGUUGCUCAAAGUAGCUCCACACCUCAUUGCUAGAAUCCAGAGAGCUCUCACAUUUAAAACGAGGCAUUAAUGACUUAAGAAGUGAACAAGAACCUUAUUAAAACCACUGUUCACAAUCCCAUUGCGCUUCUUUGUAGCUCCAGGCUAAUAACAGGACGGCAUGCACUACCUGGUCCUACUUUAGCAACACAGCAAAUAGAAAAAGAAACCGUAGCCAAUGCAGAAUGGCACAGCCCUGCAGUGGACAAGAGGUUAGGGUAUUCCAAUCGUUGACAGCUCUGCUGAUUUCAGAGAAUGCUUUAAAGCUUGCUUUAGUGCUUUUUACGCUUUUCAUCUUUCUUUGGAUGCUGCAGCAGCGCCCUUUUCUGGUUACGUUUAGCCAUUUCUUUUAAAAUUUCUUUUUAAGCAUGGAAAUUUGAAUAUCAUUUCACUAACUAACAAAAUGUGAAACUCAUAUAUUAUAUAGAUGUAUUAAAAUCACAGAGUGAUCUAUUUUAAGUGUUUAUUUCUUUUAUUGUUGAUGAUCAUGGCUUACAGCCAAUGAAAACCCAAAAAUCAAGUCCUGCUGGAAAAUGAAAUCUGCAUUUCCAUAAAAGUUGUCAGUAACAGAGGGAAGCAUGAAGUGCUGUAAGAUUUUGUGGGAAAACAAAACUGCACUGACUUUAGACUUGAUAAUAAAACACUAAAUUAACGGUCUAAGCUGCUUGAGGUCUAGUGUGAAUUUUCCACCAAUCAGUGAUGGUUUGGGGGCUAUAUCAUCUGCUGGUCUUUGUGAUGUGGAUUUCAUUUUCCAGCAGGAUUUGGCACAGUGCCAACACUGCCAAAAGUACCAAUUGGUCUUAUAUGAUAUUCUAAUUUUUGUAUCUCCAUCAACAAUAAAAUAAUUAAACCCUUAAAAUAGAUCACCCUGCCUGUAAUAAAUUUAUAUAAUAUAUAAAGUUUCACUUUUUGAACUGAAUUAUUGACAUAAAGUAACUUUUCUAUGGUAUUCUAAUUUUUUUUUAAAGUAUUAGUAUUUAUUUGUGAGGUCUGUUGCCACACUAUCCACAGAAACAACUGAAUCCCUCAUUCGCUACUAUUUUCCAUUUUCUCUUCUUCUUAGUGCAUAAUUGUGAAUGUCGAGUUGAUGCAACUGAUGCAACUGCUGCAUAUCGGAUAUGUAUCAGAUUUAAAAGAGAUCAGAUUUGGGACACUUUUACUUCCUGUAUGAACAUAAGCCUAAGAUAAGAUGCUUUAUAAAGUGGGAGGAGCUGCGCGGGUCUGUUUACUUACUUUCCGAAACGGUUUACAGCAAAUACUCACAAACAAAAAAAGGCAAGUUUCAUAGAAUUUCUAUACACUGCAGGUUUUUUGCCUUUGUAGCAAAGAGGAGGAGCAAGACACGACCGUGACGAACAGCUUGUACAAUUUCACAGUGUUUUACAAUAUUGAUCCAGUCUGUUACGGGAAAAAAAAACGCUUUCGUAAAUCUUCUUCUUCUUCUUCUUCUUCUAUCUGAAACUGUGAACGUUAUGCAUUUAUUCUUGAAUCCCACUGGGCUGUGUUGAGAAUGUUACUGUAGCAUUCCUGUGAGACCUUGUCUUUCUUAACGAAUGUUCGUUUAUGCUAAGUGGUUCUUCAAUUUAACGGGUUCGAUGUUGAGAUGGUUCUCCCUCCUUUUGUCCCCUUUUGUUUUAAUACUGGUAAUGCAGCCUUCGGUACACUU